GGCGUUGGUUGGACACUGCUCAGAGGAGGCGGGAACACGGGCAGAGAACGGGCGCUGGUUGGACAGUGGGUGGAGCGGGCCGUGAACACGGGCAGAGAACGGGUGCUGGUUGGACACUGCUCAGAGGAGGCGGGAACACGGGCAGAGAACGGGCGCUGGUUGGACAGUGGGUGGAGCGGGCGGUGAGCACGGGCAGGGAACGGGCGCUGGUUGGACACUGCUCAGAGGAGGCGGGAACACGGGCAGAGAACGGGCGCUGGUUGGACACUGGGCGGAGCGGGCGGUGAGCACGGGCAGGGAACGGGCGCUGGUUGGACACUGGGCGGAGCGGGCGGUGAGCACGGCGCGCGGGCGGCAGCGAUGGCGGGCGAAGCGCUGUCGCGGGUGCCGGACGUGCAGAUCGACGCCGAUGGUGUCUUCAAGUACGUGCUGGUGCGGGUGCGCGGGGCCGGUGCGCUCGCCAAGGACGUCGUGCGAGGCCACGGCUGGGCCGAGUACCACGCCGACUUGUUCGAGCGCACCGCGGAGGAGCUGGCGCGGCACGGCCUGAGCUGCGAGUGCUUGGGCGGCGGCCGCCUCUCCCACCGCCCCGAAGAGAGGAAGAUCCACGUCUACGGGUACUCGGUGGGCUUUGGACGAGCUGACCACGCUGUGACCACAGAGAAGCUGAAGGCCGAGUAUCCCAACUAUGAGAUCACCUGGGCGGAUGAAGGGUACUGACACCUCUGUCUGUGGUGCCAGCGCAGAGCUGACACAGCUGUAUGCCAUCCCAGGGCGGUGGCAGUAGGCUCCCCAUGCUCAGCCGUGCUCCAGGCUCUCCUCAUUUUCCUCUGUGUUCUUGCCUGUUCUCUGCCAUCACUGGACUGUCUCUGUGCCGAGUGCUCCCACCUCCCGGGUAUGGCAAAGCUGGUGAAGCCAGUGGUUGCUCUACCCCAGCCUCCUGGUACCAGGGGCUCAUCCCACAUGUAUCUGUGAGAAUUAAAGUCGUUGGGGGAGCACA